AUGUUUGUCCUCUCUGGCUUGUAGGGUUUAAAUACACUCCCAUGUCGCUCCUCUGCGUGAAUCACAAGGUCCAAACGUCUCUGCUCCACUUCCCUCUGCAGACCAGGGCGUAUCUUACCUCCCCUUCUGGUUCCCAGCUCUAGUUCCCUCUGCGCCGUCCUGCGCUGCUCCCCCUUUCGUCCUCUGGCCCUCUCUUUCCCGGUGGAUUCAUGCUCGGCUCUCGCACCCCUCGCUCGCCAUGCAGAACAACCACCAUAUGGAGCAUCUCUAUAAGAUUCUUGUGAUAGGUGACCUCGGGGUCGGCAAGACCAGCAUCAUCAAGCGGUACGUUCAUCACAACUUCAGUCCCAACUACCGAGCGACCAUCGGGGUGGACUUCGCGCUCAAAGUCCUCAGCUGGGACCGGGAGAUGGUGCGCCUACAGCUGUGGGACAUUGCAGGUCAGGAGAGAUUUGGCAACAUGACCCGUGUGUACUACCGCGAGGCCAUGGGUGCCUUCAUCGUGUUUGAUGUCACACGGCCUGCUUCCUUUGAAGCCGUCACCAAAUGGAAGGAGGACUUGGAUUCCAAACUGACACUUGCCAAUGGGAAACAUGUAGCCACUGUGCUUUUGGCUAAUAAAUGUGACCAGGGUCGGGAUGUACUGACCAAUAACGGAAUAAAGAUGGACCAGUUCUGCCAGGAGAACGGCUUUGUGGGAUGGUUCGAGACGUCUGCUAAGGAAAACAUAAACAUCGACGAAGCGGCCAACUUCUUGGUGAAACACAUCAUUGCCAGUGAGCAGGACAUGCUCCAAUCAGAAGUCCCUGACACGAUCACCCCCCGGUUAGACAAGGACAAAGGCGGGACGUGCUCUUCCUGCUUCAGAUCCCAGUAACAGCUCCUGACAGCCGGACGUCCUUCUGCAUCUCAUUACACACAAAGACGAGCUUGUCUGUGAGCAAGAGUGAAGAAUGACUUUGGCUGUUUUUGAGGAAGAAGGUGUGGGUGCCAGCUCUUCUCUCCUCUGGUAGCCUGGGUGGGGGUGGGGUGGUGGCUGGGGGGAGUGAGUGACAGAGGGGCAGCUGGCUCAAGAAAUGGAUGGACUGAAACAGAGCGAGAAGGAGAGAUGGAUGCAGCUGUGUGUGCUUGUCAAAGGCAAGGUUACCCUCUGGGCGACGUCAGAGCUUGACACUGCCACUUCGGUUACCGUGGAGACACACUUAAUGAACACAUGCACAAAAACACUGGAGUAAAUCACAGUGUAUCUGAACUAAAGAUCCAUUAACACACCAUGUUUAUUGUCUCUCUUUCUCCCGCCUUUCCCUUCCUUUUCUUUUUGGCCCCUUCAUCUCCCCUCUGUGCUUUCGGUCUCUUGCUCACUCGUUUUUUUUGUUUGUCUCUGCUUGUUUCUUUCUCCUCGCCUUCCAUAUAUGUUGUUUUCCACCAAAUAUCCAAACCAAUUUACUACAGUUACAUUAGAUCUAGUUUCAUUUUAUCUUUCUUGGUCAUUUCUAUAACAAUGUCCUUUAAAGACUGGGGCCAGUCCUUUGUUGUCCUUCUGUAUGUACAACUGGUGGCUCCUAAUGUAAUAUAUACUACAUAUUAUAUUGAAAAAGUGCCUUUUAUAAUACAGCCCAUUUUACUGAAUGUCGUCAAUAGGUAUAUUCAUAAUAUAUUUUAAGUGCACUUAAAGGUAUUUACGAUGACCUUCAUCACUGAAGUAGAAUUCUAAUUUCCAUGGUGACAUAGUAACAUGUAUGAGAAAUUAAAAAGAGUGAGAGCAUGGAUAAUGUUAGUUCAGUGAUUUUAUAUUAAAUUUCCAUUUUUCUUUUCAGUAUUUAUAAUAUGUUGGGAUAAAUGCAUUUAUUGUAUAUACACAAACAGUAUACUGAGACAGAUGAUAGAACCAAAGAUGUAUCCAGUUUUCAACAUGUUCUUAUGAAUAAACCAGAUCUUUACUGACAUGUAUGGCUGUGAUAUAUAAUGUCAUUUUCUUUUUCUCUGCACACCCAGGUGUUCAGAGAGACCCAGGUGUAAAUAGUUCCUCCCUAACAGGUACAACACACUGACAGGAGAGUCAGGGAGCUGUCAAAUAACACUGUGCACAGCCACAUAGUGCUG